UAUGGUUUUGCUGGUUGAUUGUGGCUUCAUUUCAAGAUAUUUAUUUAGCUGUUUUCAGUGAUUAUUGAAUGAAAAGAGAAAAACUGCAGCUUCCCCUGGCAAAUGUAUUGAUUUUUGAGAUAGCAAAGACAAAUAGCUCUGAAAUUGAAGCUGGAGAAGCAGAGAUGAUCAGUUUGUGAAACAGAGGACCUCUCAGUAUUAAGAGCUGUUGCUGAAAAGGCCGGACAAAUGGCGUUUUUUAGAAACCUUCACCAAAAUCUGAGCCUUCCCUCUGUGUCUUCCCUGGUGGACACGCUGAGCAGCGCUGUGGAUGACCUGGCCAGUGUUGUUGGCGAGGUCGGCUACUCUGUAGCUGACUCAGUGACAGAGCAAGUAACCAGCAUGAUCAAUGGCCUGCGGACAGAAGAUGAGAGCUCCAAAACGCAGAGUGAUAAACCCGUGGAAGGCAGAGAGGAACACUCACCAUCAUUAAAUCAGUCCCAGGAAAUUAAUAUGAAAAUAAAGAGAGGUGCUGCAGAACAUAAAGAGACUCAUAACUCUGAUUCGUUAGAUCUUGUAAAAAGAGGUGCAAGUCAAGUUGGAGUAUCUGACCAGGUAUUGAUAAAAAACCAGUGCCAGUUAAGAAGCACAGAUCAUCAUAAUUCUGUCAGUGAUACGGCAGUUCCUCAGGAUUUGAAGACUGUGGGAGGAGCUUUUAAAAGGGAAGUCGUAGGGGGAAAUGAGUGUUUUGUAAAUGAUAAAUUCUUGAAGGAUAGUAACCUGAAAAGUAAAAAACUUACAGUGGAGCAGUCUAUUGAAGAGCAAGAUAAUUAUCUAUAUGCAGUAUCAGAUAAUUCUAAGAAUCACGAGCAUAAAAAACCCAAACCACAGUCACCUGGAGUUGAUUUUGAAGAUUCUGAUAAAGUGCACAGUAUGAAUGUUCCCCAAGAUUUAGAAACAAAACUUGUUGAAGUACAGAAGGAGAAAUUAUCAGACUCCAGCUUGAAGAGGAUGCACAAUGACCAUCCCAAUUGCUUUAAUAAAGGAGAAGAAAAGAAAUCUGAAGCCUUCUUUGACAGAAAAAGAAAACCCAUCUCAAAGGAUGAAGGCAAUGAGUCAAUUACAAUUGUGAGUGAGGGUAAAAGGAAAAACUCAAAGAAAUUAGAAAGAGAGCUAUGUAAUAAGAAGACAGCAGGAAAAGACAAUUCUUAUAUGAGUAAAGACCAGCAUGGUUCAUCAUCUGAGAGUGAAGAUGAAGCACUGGGUAAAUAUCAUGAGGCCUUGUCUAGAACCCAGAGUUCCAGGUUGCCAGUGGUGGAUGGCAGACAGCAAAAAAACUGUAUAUGGGAAACCAGACAAAAAUAUAGUCCCCUGUCUGCAGAAUAUGAUGGAUACAGUAGUGAAGCCUCAAUAGAUGAAGCAAACUGCAUUCAGAGGAUGAGAAGAACACCUCCACUGGAUGAACUGCAGCCGCCUCCAUACCAGGAUGACAGUGGAUCUCCUCAUCUUUCCUGUACGCCUUCUGAAGUCGGAGACAGCAAAUGUGAAUAUUCCCAGUGUAGCAACAGCCCAAGAUGUUCAUAUAAGUGCCCAAGUGAGGGAAGCACAGGACAUGAAAUAGAAAGCUUUCAUAACAAAGGAUAUGAAGAGGAUGUUCCAAGUGAUAGCACAGCGGUUCUUAGUCCAGAGGAUAUGUCAGCUCGAGGAUCAUCUUCACAGCUUCCUAAACCUUUUGAUCCUGAGCCAGUAGCUAAAUAUGGCACCCUGGAUGUGACUUUUGACUAUGACUCACAGGAACAGAAGCUUUUGGUGACAGUGACAGCUGUCACAGACAUUCCAACAUACAGCAGGACAGGUGGAAGCUCGUGGCAAGUACACCUAGUUCUUCUCCCUAUAAAGAAGCAGAGAGCAAAAACCAGCAUCCAGCGGGGACCGUGUCCUGUCUUCACAGAGACAUUCAAAUUUAAUCACGUCGAGUCUGAGAUGAUUGGGAAUUAUGCAGUUCGCUUUCGACUGUACAGCGUACGGCGCAUGAAAAAAGAGAGGAUUGUGGGAGAAAAGAUUUUUUACUUGACAAAAUUGAAUCUUCAAGGGAAGAUGUCAGUGCCAGUGAUACUGGAACCUUCUUACAGUCUGCCUGGUUGUGACUCUCAAAUGAGCAUGUCAGAAGUGUCCUGCAGUGAAAGUACCUCCUCUUGUCAGUCUCUGGUACAUGGCUCAGCUCCAGAAAUCCUCAUUGGCCUCCUUUAUAACGCUACAACUGGAAGAUUAUCAGCAGAAGUGAUAAAAGGCAGCCACUUCAAAAACUUGGCAGCGAACAGACCACCCAACGGACUGUUCUGUUGUCUAAAACACUUGAUAGGUGGACAGGUUUAUAUAAUCCGAGAUACAUAUGUGAAGCUAACACUGCUGAACUCGAUGGGGCAGGAGAUGUCCAAAUGCAAAACUUCAAUCCGCCGGGGGCAGCCGAACCCCGUGUACAAGGAAACCUUCGUUUUCCAGGUGGCUCUGUUCCAGCUCUCGGACGUGACGCUCAUACUGUCCGUGUAUAAUAAGCGCAGCAUGAAGCGGAAAGAGAUGAUAGGCUGGAUUUCCUUAGGUCUCAACAGCUCAGGAGAAGACGAACUCAAUCACUGGACUGAAAUGAAGGAAUCUAAAGGACAGCAAGUCUGUAGAUGGCACACUUUACUGGAAUCGUAACGGAUGGUAGAAAGUGCAGCCGUGGUUCUAAGGGAGCUUGUUCUCCCGGGAAGAUGAUCAUCGCUGGUCGCAAUCAGCAGAUUUGUUGUGGGAGUAAAAAACGGAAAUUGCGGUCAACAUUCCAUCAUAAAGGAUGCACAACCUGCAAAAUGGUGGGAUUUAAUAUGGAACCUUCACUGGGUGUCACGAACUUCCUUGGUGUCAGUGAAGCAUUGCUGUGCACAGAUAGGAUAGCGGGCCCUUCCCCAUCCACCUGAUGCUGUAUUUGUUUCGGUUUGUUUCGUGGUUUUCAAUUCAGAAACAUUUUGUGCGAGGUUCUCCAAAUUAAUGUAAGCUCCUCCUUGUGUACCUUUUUUAUUGCUUUAAUACUGUAGCUUCUGACCUGCCUGCAUUCAGAUUAAAGGUCAAUAGUUUGCACUUUGAGAAAAAGUUAAUGGUCUGUAAAGCAAAAGCAAAAAAAAAGAAAAACCACUGGUGAAAGAACACUUAAUAAUAUAGCAAAUAGAAAUAUACUGUUGCUUUGCACUGAGUUUCUUUCCAGGAGCUUAGUAAAGUAAGUUCUCAUUUUUUGAUAUGCAGUUGGUUUGAAAAAUACUAGCAUUUGGGCAUCAGGUGAACUUUGACAUCAAACUAAUGUUUCUUCAAUCUGUGACAGGAACGAGCUCUAUAUAUGGCAAAAAUUGGGGGUUUCCCUCUUGCCUGUACUUCUGCCUAAUCCAAAGAGACCAGAUCAUUAGUUUGGUCCCUUCCAAAACUCCUUAGACAGGUUGUACUGUAAAAUUAUGUAACUUUCUGUUGAAAGCACUUCCUGUAUUCAUGUAUUCCAAUGUAGGAAGCUUGUAGAGUAUGACUUUACUAAAAUAUAUUUUCAUUAACCAAAUUGAUACAGGUUUCUUUAAAAUGUCAGCAGUCGGAAGUUAGUUUGAAAGACUGUGAAGGAAGUGGCAGCAGUUGGACUAGUCUGAAUGAAUGCAAAAUACUAUGGCUUUGCUUGAAACAGGUGUCCAUUGGGGUCUUUUGUGAGCUGUUUUAGGAAUUACCAUAUGCUGUUUGUUGGAAGUAGAGAGCAGACCAGAAGUUUUUACCUUUCUUCUUGAAGAAGAGAACAUCAGUAAGUUAUUUUUCUAGUGAUUUGCCAGCAAUUGAAUGAAUAUUCACACACAAAACAGAAGUUUGCUUUGCUUUUGUUCAGGUUGAGAAACAUGGCUUUCUAAUGAUGCAGUUGAGAAGCUGCAGUAUCAUCAGAGAAACACUCGUGGCAUCCACCAAAACUGGGGAAAUAUCAGUGCUUCUGAGGUUUCAAUUUGUCCCAAAGCCUUUAGCUGGACUCACACUGAUUUAGUGACUGCUGAAUCUAAUUCAUAUCACUAAAAUUAUGUGUUACUGAGUAAACAUAUUUUUAAAAAGCUUCCCAAUUUAAAUACUCUUUUUUGUCUGUAAUUGCAAGUUUUGUUUAUUUUUUAAUUGUUCCUGUAAAGAAAGCAAGCAAUUUCUUUUUUCUUAUAAAUUAUGGUGAUGUCCUACUAGUAAGAAACCUCACUGACUGUUGUAGCACUUGGUGGGUAGAAGAGUAAAGUGUGGGAUUUUGCUGAGUCAAUUUGUGUUAGUCUAAAGUGUUCUCAUUAGGACGGAUGUGUUCCUCUUGAAUUCCUUUAUAAUGCCUUUGACAAUCCUGGCUUUGAGGUAUACACACAGUCAAGUACAGCGAGGCUGGUGAUGGUGCGCAUGCUGUAAUAAAGAUAUUUCACAUGGUUCUCCAAUUCUCACACUAUUUAACAAUUCCAUUAAGUCCUUUUUAAAGGAUUUUGUAAUUCCACAUCUUGGUUUAUUUGGUGUCUUUUGAGGGAUUUAUUUGCAGAGCCAGGCUUUCAGUUGUUGCUGAUUUAAAGAUUUAGACAUUAUUACAGGACUUUGGGUUGUUUUUUUUUCCUCCUGAUGUUGUGCUGCUGCUUCAUUUACAGAAGCUUUAUUUACUAAAUACAAAUAAUGCAAAAACUUUCUUUGAACAGGAAUGGUCUUGCAGUAAUACAAUGCAGGUUGUGUCUCUCAGUCAUUUUUGUUAGUCUAGUUUGAGAAAUGUAAUGUUGAGUGUAGAACUUAAUACAAAAUCAACAUUAAUUUUAUAUGCAUAAGGAAAAUGCUCAGAUUUUCAAAAUCUUCUCAGCUUUCAAUGUAAUAGAAGCAAUGAUGUCAAAGCUGUUGUAAAGCAGUUUUUCAUUGGGUGUGGAAAUGGUUUUAUCUAUUCUGUUUGUGGAUAUUUAGAUGCUCUUUCCUGAAACUGAAAAUCGUCUUGUGAUGGUUGUCUCUUUUGCUAUUUAAAAUAAUGUACAAUAUUGAACAGCAAGAACUGGGUCAGGUAAUUCCAGUGGAGAACAUACUUAACGUCAUCACUGAACAAAUGAAGAAGUCAGUUUGGAAGGUGCAGCAAAUAACCUCCUACAGAACUAAACUAAACUAAACUGUGUCAUGAUUUGGGUUUCUCUUUGUAGGUUGCAUUACUUCAGCUUUGCAUUUCAGCAUUUAGAUUUCUAAGGCACUGAAAUCUUAAUUUAGACACAAGAGAGAUUUAUGGUACUCUGUGUUGGGCUCAUUUGGGAAGAGGAAUCUCUCUCUAGGACUUUUCCUAAAGUAUCUGGGACCAGUCUGUGCUUCACAUAAGAGGGAUUGGUUUACUUGGAUUUAUACUGUACAAAGGCUAGGAACUGAAUGUAUAAAGAAUGGAAAUGAAUGUUUAAUUUUGAUGCAGUAGAAUAUAGAUUUGCUGUGCAAAACCAGUCACACCAAUAAUUGGAUUCACCUUGGGAUUUUUGUGAAUUAAUUGUAGUACCAAUAGCUGUCAUGUUGGUUUUUCUUCCUAGAACCUAUUCUUAUUAUUUGAUUUGUUUGUAAUUUUGUUUUUCAUUGCUUAUGCAAACCUACACCUUUGUAUUUGAAAUCUACCUUCAGCUGUUGUGGGUUUCUUAAACCCUACAUAAGGGCUUGUACACACAAUGUGGUUUUGUGCAUUGAGUUAAGUCUUAGGCAUGGAACAGAAUUGCUGAAGAACAAAGUACAGUAGCAAAUUAGAGGCACUUGUAUUUUCCCCAUAGUUUGCUGUGGUUUUUUCAUAGGUUUUUAUUGUUUGCCUUUGUUCAAAAGUACAGUAAGUACUUGAAAAAAUGUAUCAAUUACUUUUUUGUGUGCCAGCAAACGAUGAAGAAAUUGCAGAUCUUGAAUUGAAUCUGUUUCCUGUCAGUGUAGCCUUAAAUAAUUGUAGAACAGUGACGUUUCUACAGAUUCUGUUCUUGGAAGUAUUGCCUCCUUUCUGUAUAUGAUCUGUGUGGUUUAGCACUUAGAACAUUCCACAUAGGUCGUCCUAAAGCAUUAUAAAUGUGAAAAAGUUGGUCAGUUCCUUUCUGUUAAGGGCAAGGUUGGGAAGGGCAGGACAGCCAAGCAUGAAAUCACUGCGCCAAAGGAGGAGGGGUCCUGCAGCGCCUGCAGGACACGGCUGUCUCCCACAUCCGUGGAGGCAGGAAGGCAGCAGAGCCCUCCUGCUGCUCCCAUUCAGCCAGGGCACAGGGAAUGGGGGCGCACUGGAAAGAUGCAAAGCUUGCUCCCCGUGCUGCUGCCUCUUGCUCAGGAUGGGAGACGUCCACGUUGUAGCUACACUCUGAGGUCUGACUGCAAAGGCAGAAGCAAGGCAAGGUGUAAGCUCUGCUGUGGGAGAAUGUGACACAAUUUCUAAAUGAAAUGAAAGUUCACUGAACUAAUUAAUAAUUAGAUUUGGAAAUUUGGGGAGCCCUUCGAAUGAACGUAUGUGCUUUUGUGGGAGCUAAACAUUGUUACCGAUUUAGAAAAUACCUGAGCUGAAAACAAGAUUUUAUGGCACUUACUGUUGGAAAUACUUCUACCUGAAAAUUUUUGUAAUGGCUUUCGAUGGCAGAUGCAGUGUCAGCAUCAGUACCUUCCCAUUUUCACACCUUUGGAGCAAUUCUUUUGUUGUCUAAAAUUUGUGUUUGUGUUCUUGAUUUAUUCUCUAUUCUCCCAAUGGCUCCCUCCUGCAAACUCCCCAUGGCCCUGAAAAGCUGCCUGUGGGAGUCACUGGACCUUAGAGGUCAGGGACACUCUGUACUUUAAGGUAUGGGUGCAAAGUUUCCGUGACCUCUCCAACUCCCAAAGAUUUCUGAAAUGCAAACCGUCAGCUUUAAUAUAGCGAACGAGAAGAAGAAAACUUCUUUGAGGGAGACGUUUUCAUGUAGGAAUUGAGUACAGAUCACUCUUACACAUCCCAAUUCUGACAAAAAGUCUGGGGUAAGAUCAGGGAAUGAGGUUUGAGAGGAGGCCUUUUGGCCUGUUUCAGCCUGAAUUAACAACAGAAUGCCCUUUCAUUGAACUCAGAGUUGUGUUGAGGCCUCUAGUUAUGACAAUUUUCUGGAGGAAAAAAAGCUGUCCUCUUUAUAGCAGUCUUUAAAAUCCUGGCUUGUCAAUUGUUUGUAAGGCAGACUGUCUUCCUUCUGAAGAGGAAUUCUCAAUAACAGUUAAACAUCCUUUCCAUUUCCCCACUGAUGUGCAUUCCUGCCUGCCAUUAAUGUUAGUGAGAGGAGGCCACGGGCUUCAGGAGGAGAGCAGACCUCACCCUGAAGGUGUGAGGAGCAGUAACAUUGGCAGGUUGGAGGGGUGGUACAGCCUGGCACCUGCAAUAGUCAAAUAUGGUUUCAAUUAUCAACGGAGGCAAAAAAACCAAACAUCCAGAUACUGUCACAAACUUGUUAUUUAAUCAUUAUCGCUUACUUUUUUUUCUUCCUUUCCUCAGCUUUUGAAAUAUUUUUAAGACUUAUUAUUAAAAAUGUUAAAGCAGUCCCUAAACAUCUUGAUCGUUUUAACUGGAACAUUCAGCAAUGUUUAUUGUUAGAAGGGACCAUCAAGGGUGUUCUGGUUUUUUGGUCUCUAACUCAACUGCUAGUUUUUGUAGUACAUCACAGCUGGAUUUCAGGCUACUUUGUUUUGAUGGUAGUUCUUGAGAGAAAAGUCACCGGAGCAUUUCCUUGUCAGUGAAUCACCAACACCCAUUGAAGAGAUGUCAUCUGAGAGCAAGAGCAUUAAAAUAAGAGAUGGCUUCUUACAGUAGCAGCAACAGUGACUCGUAUUCCUCUCUUGGAACCUUGUGGCCCUCGGAGGGCCCUGCUCAGACCAAGCGUGACGUGUGAGUUGUGGAGUUUAUGCAUUCAGAACAGUGCUGGUCUCUGUGGACAUCGUGUGGCUUCUAAACCAGUGCAUUUUACAGCGGGUAGAUGGUUUUUUAUUUCCUUGGGUGAGUAGGGCAAGUGCCAACUGGCCUACAGUGACAUGGAUUAGUUUAGCCUUAAGAACUUAUCACUGCCCCUCCUUAUAUUCAAGCAGGGUUUCUUCCUUUCUGCAGGCUAUGCAGAAAUCUUAUGCACCAGUAUCUGCUUAUAUCAUGUCUACCUGAAUAUGGCACAAUUAUUAGUGCUGGAAAGUGGUGUGACCGAAGUAAUGGGCCUGGUACAUGCUGGAUCAGGUUUUUCUGUUCAGGCUUAUGCUGGAUCGAUAUAGAAACAUGGUCCUUAUGCAGAGGAGUGUGCCAGGAGUCAGGAAAGUGGGUGGUACUGCUCCUUCUAGGAAUGAAGAUCAGGAGACAGCUCUGCCCAGAAAAAGGGCAAAGCUGUGUUAUAGCAGGAAGGAUUAAUUCAUUUCCUUGGAAACAUUUACUGGUUGAGCUGGCAUAAAGGCCCUACUCAGGAGAGCAGAAGCAGUAAUACCAUACCACUAAAGGAAUACCUCAUGGACAUUCAGGGAUGUAAUUAAUGUCAUCCUUUUCUCUCUUUUAUCUGAGAACGAGAGUCUUGCCCAUUGUAUCAAUAUAAUUUUUUUCUGUGUUUUGCAAAUCCCAUGGACACUGACUGCAUGCUGAGGGUCUAAAGUGGAUUGCUUUUUAACUUUUGGUUCAUUUCCAGUGUGUGAAUUUGGAUGAAUUUGCAGAAUUGACUAGAAGAAUUACCAUAGCUUUGAGAUGUAAUCUCUAGGCCAUAGUAGAAGCAAGGAGCAGGGCUUUGAACCAGUUUUGAUUGUCAAUUUUGCAAAUGGCUUAUUAUGACAUAUUAAGAAAAUUUCUAAGCAGUUGAAUGUAUUAGGGAAUAUUUACAAAAAAAGGAGGUAGAGCAAUGAUCUUUUUUUACUAUACAGCUAGUUUGCUGUCCUUUCCAGUAAACCACAAGGUUCAUUAGUGCUCAGUACUGUUUUGUUUACGAUAAAUGUUUUUAAUGUGAUUUUCAUGACAAAGUGUAAUUAGUGAAACCUUUUAUUCAAUUUUUCCCUUUAUUUGCUUUUUUUAAGGAGAGAUUUCUCCUUAUAUAGUAUAUAUACUUUCUUACAGAGCUUUCUUACCUAUUUUUAUAUAAGAUGAUUUAACAAUGUAAAAUUAAAUGCUCUAUGAGCAAGCUAUAUCACUGUUAACGCAAUCAAAAGUGCUAAUAUAAUGACUAAGGGCCUGAACCUUCUGCCUUUUACUCAGGUCCUGGUUUAACCAGAUGUCUUUCAUGCUGUGUAGGACCUUUCCCUGUAAGCACUUCCAUCUAUUCCUGGGGAUGUCUCAGAGAAAGGCACUAUUAACAUGAAUAACAGUGGUAAAACUGAGCCUCCUCUCCAUUCUUAGUGGGACAUCUGUCAUGAGUAAAGGCUGCUGGCUGUGUCCCAAAGUAUAGUUUUAGAUUAUAGUUCCCUUGAUCUUCAGUGAUUUUGAACUUGUUUUUUCUGGUGACUAUAAGCUAAUAACUGAUCCUACUGAAUACAGAUAUUGAAUUGCGCUGUUACCAGCAAGAUUAUUAAAAUGUGUUUCACAUUUUAAUUCAUUCUUUCAUUGGGGUAUAAGGAGUUGGAUUUGUGAAGCAUUAUACUGCAUAGAGAUAGCACACAUUCACCACAUUUCUAAAAGGUAUGAAAUAUACAGUAUGUAGCAUUUUCUUGCAUACUUUUGUACUGCCUGUACGCCACCGAUGCACUCGGUGCCUUCCUUCUUUUGUAUAAAACUUAAUAUGUAGAGAAACUGAAGUUAUGGUGUGUAAACAAUGUCACUGCAACUGAAGAGAUGUCUUAAACUGAUUAUUCCUAGUGCAGGAGGUUUGAAAGGGCAGCUCAAUUUAACACGAUGCAUUUCUUUGGAUUUGAAGUUUUCCCCUUUCCUUCCUUGCCCCCACCCCACCCCCCAUCUGAAAAACUUCCCCGUAUGGCUGUUUGUUCUUAAUUGAUUCCUGUGUCUGAUGUGAGUCACAUGGUGUUAACCAAAGAACCAAGCCUGUUUCCAAUUAUUUGGAAAAAUAAUGUUUGGACUUGCAAUUACUUAAAGACAAAAGUGAUACGAUGGAUCUCUGUUAACAAAUAUUAAAUAGGCUUCUGUAAAUACGACUCCCAGCUGAGAAUUCCAAAUACCUCUUUUCUGACUGGAUGUGCAUUGUUGUAUCAGUAGCAAAGUGUUUGGGUUGUGUUUCUUGGUGCAUUUUACUGAAAAUCCUAUCACAAACAGAAAUAUCAGUCAGUAAGUGCUGUCAGAUUAGCUUGGUUUACCAUGUUAUACCUAUAUCUGAAGUGUGCUACUUUGAGAACAGAUUUUGGCUUUCCUGUGUCCGAAGUCCUGAUGUUGUACAAUAAUUAUCUGGUGUAUGCUGGUCUCACCAGGAACAGACUGAUGCUGCAUCAUAUGUAUGUUUCCUACCAGUGUCCCUUCAUUGUACAACUUCUGUAAUAUAACACAGUUUUCAACUACUGUUUCAACCUGAAAUUCCUUAAAUUUCAAUGCAUGUAUAGCCUUAAACAUCUAAGACACCAAGCACAGUUUUAAUGGGAAUAGGUUAUAUUUGCAAGUCCUGUUUGUCUCAGAAGUCAUAGAAUUAUUUUUAUAUGUCAGUAAAAGACUGUAGAAAAUGAGUACAUUGCAGCUCUGUUAUCAACCAUGCUCCUAAUUAUAUGCACUAAGAAAAAAGAGGCAUUUUUGCUAAAUGUUUUAGAGGUGAAGAAUCAGUGCUCAUUUCCUCUCAUGAAUUUGUUUUUGUUUUCAUAUUUUCACUUCUGUACAGAACCUUGGUGCCCUUAACUUAUACCUGUGAGUGAAUUCACACAGAUUUUCAGUAUUCCUUGAGCUGCUAUUCUUUUUCCUUCCUUUUUUUUUUUUUAAUUGAAUAAGCAGUAAUUAAAAUUCCCAUUAAUUUUUUUUUUUUUUUUUUUUUUUUUUUUACAUUUUGACAGUAACAUAAUUAGAGCAAAUGACUGUUUGCAGCUGUUUAUGCAGCUUAUUAAAGCCUGAGAACUUUGUUUGAAACCGUCAUUAUAACCCAGAUGAAGACAUACAUUUCAUGGCAUUUCAGUCCACAUCAGGUGAAAGCAGGAGCUCUGGCGAUGAAUGUGCAGAUCUGCACAUGGUGUGUCAGACUCUGAAUCCCCAGAGGGAUUUAUAAUUACGUGUCACAUUGUACCUACAGUGUCUUCAGUUGUGUGUUGUCAGAUACUUGUUUUGUUUUCUUUCUUAUUACCUAGCAAAAAACUACUUUUAUCAUUUUCGUGCUACUGUAUAUUAAUCCUGAGGGUUUCCAGUGUGCAAGAUGAGCUUGAUGUUGUCAGUUCUCUUUCUGUGAAAACCCCUGGCCUUUCAGCAUACACAUCCCAUUCCUGUUCUGGGGAGAGCCAGAAUGCCACCAGCUGGUUUUAGGUAUAUUUACCUGUACAGCACAGGUAACUCAAAUACCAUGUCAGUUUGAUUGAAACAUGCUGUAGUAUAUUUUCGAACCUUAUAUCUGUCACAACAUUAAAAUAGUAAUUUUCCAUAUCUGAAACUUUGCAGCUGUGGAUUUGUAUUUUGUUUACUCUGUGAAAUGUAUUUUUGUCAGUUUGAGGACUUUGGAUAUUUCAAAGUAUUUUCUGUAUGUGAAAUCAGCUUUUUGCAUGUGAAUUUAAUUGCUGGAAAGUAUUAAAAAAAAAAAAGGAAAAAUCACUUUUAAAACCUGUUGUUGUCACUUUCCUUUGGAAUUCAUUACCUUGUAAACAAAACCAGACUUCACUGUUCAGAAGAUAGUAACGCUUGGUCAACCAUUGGGACUGCUGUCUGUGUUGAAGAAAAAAUAUGUUUUAAUUUUGGCAAGGUAAUCCUAGCCCUUACUCUCAUUUUGUCUCUGUUUACAAAUUUCCUAAGUUUCCCUGCUUCCCUUUCUGUUUCCCACAGUCUUUGUUGAUGUCAUGAACCUU